UCUCUCUCUCUCUCUCACCCCUCUCUAGCCUCCUUCCUUUUCAUCCAUCUCUUCAUUCAGAGUCCUUUCUUCCAGCCAUGGACGUCUUCUCCCCGUCCCAGGUUUACUAUGACAGGGCAUGUGCUUCAUCUCCAGACAGCCUGGAGUUUGGCCCUGGUGUGGAGCUCGCUGGCUCUGAGGAGGAUGAGCAUGUCAGGGUUCCUGGAGCUCCUCAUCAGCCAGGUCACUGCCUCCAGUGGGCCUGCAAGGCCUGUAAGCGCAAGUCCAGCUUUGUGGACCGUAGACGAGCUGCCACCAUGCGUGAGCGCCGGCGACUGAAAAAGGUCAACCACGCAUUUGAGGCUUUGCGACGCUGCACCUCAGCCAACCCUAGCCAGCGUCUGCCCAAGGUGGAGAUCCUGCGCAAUGCCAUCCAGUACAUUGAGAGCCUGCAGGAGCUGUUACGAGAGCAGGUGGAAAACUACUAUGGCCUACCUGGGGAAAGCAGCUCAGAGCCCGGGAGUCCAUCAUCCAGCUGCUCAGAUGGCAUGGCUGACAGCAACAGUCCAGUGUGGCAACAGCUGAAUGCAAACUUCAGCAACAGCUAUUGUUACGCAAAGAACGAGAGUGUGGGUGUUAAGGCUGCUGGAGCCUCCAGUCUGGAGUGUCUGUCCAGCAUUGUGGACCGUCUGUCCUCGGUGGACGGCAGCUGUGGUCCGGCGUCUCUCAGAGACAUGUCCACCUUUUCCCCCGGCAGCUCCGAUUCACAGCCCUGCACGCCAGAGAGCCCUGGAUCCCGGCCCGUCUACCACGUCCUGUGAAGGAACCUCACUUUGACGUGGAUAACACAGGCAGGUGCUUGCUGCAUUUGCAAGAAGAUAAGAACUGAAUGUGUGCAAAUCAAAAGGAGACCCAGUAGGAUCUGAGGAACUGUGGCAAGCACCGAGCAGCUUAUGAAUUGUAAAUGAGACUGUAAAUAUGUAUGUAAAUGCCCAUUUAUUCUAUACAUGCAAUUAUACCAAUGAGACAUAUUUAAUAAUUACAGUAAUGUAAUGUUGCUGACUUAAUGUGCAUUAUUUUUAACAUGAAGUGGUAUUUAUGCAUUGUUGUAUGUUCUUUCCAUGUUGUCAUGAGCAUUA